CCUCUAAAGGUAGAGGACUGAUAGGAAAGACCUGUAAGAGGCAACCUUUUUUCUCUAGUCUUUACACAUUUUCUGUUGAUUACUUUUUAGACAGCUUCAUUUACUUUUAAGAAUUAUAUUAUAAUAUCCCUUUUGUCCCUACCCUAUAUCACUUUCAGUCCCAAUGUCUUAUACUUUACCCCGACCUUUUACCAGAGGUCAGCCCCUCCCCUUUCAGGAAGAAAGGCUGGAAUUUCUAAAGUAUGAAUCAUGCGAUCUAUUUUGUCAUUUUUUAAGCCCAUGCAUUUUCAUAUAGAUUUUGGAGGGAAAAUGCUGGCUCGGUCUUUGAAGAAUAUAUGAACUGAUGAGAAGCUAGUUUAUCAAUGCAGUGCAAAAGAUAAGAUGGUUCCAACCUAACCACUAAACUCCAAUGCCAAACUUUUAAGUUCAGUUUGCUGUCAGUUCAGUUACUGCCGGUGUGGGUUUUUUCCCCCAGUGUAACACUUCCCCUCUGUCGUCAGACUGCUGUUUUUUUUAAUAGGGCUCCGUCGGGUGGGUUGGAUCUGGAAAUAUGGAGUUGUCUCAGUGGUUACAGGCCAUCUUAUUUCGUGCUAGAGGGGGGUAAAGGAGUGGGGAGGAGCAUAAGGGAGUUACAAGCUCCCCUGCUCUGUCGCUCCACCCUCCCGCGCGCUUGCUAAGGAUUGGUGGAGUGUGCGCGCUGAGAGCUGCCUUCCUGACCAUUUAGCCAUGCCCAGUCAGUGCUCAAGCACACAUGCAUUAAUUCUUCUUUUGACUAUGGUAAUAAUGGCAACAAAUUCAGCUGGCUAUCUCUCUGAUAUCCACUGCUGUUGAAUAGUGUGGUAAAUUGUGCGGGGCUCAAAUCUCAAGUGCCUUAAAAUGGUUUAAGUGUUGUCAGGCAGGCAGCUCAAAAUCUGCACUCCACCACCUGCGUCAGAUGCUGGUUUAGAAAGACAGGAACGCGCAGCAACAGCGAUGACUUCUUUAUUUCAGAGCUUUGGAGGCUUCUAGAUUCCAAUAAUUACACCACAGACUUUUCUCCCUACCCCAUUGGCCAGGAUUCAAGAAAGCAGGCCAGGAGAAAGAAAUCAAAGAUUUGCAAAUAUUUCAUGAAAAUGCAAAAAGAAUGAGAGAAAAUGAUUAAUACUUCUUCCCUUUUGCUUCAAUAUGUUAUAUUAUUCCCAAAGAAAUGGGAUCAGUUCAUUUGGGCAAGAUCAAGCCAGUAACUGCCCUCCUGUAGUUUUAAGGUGAACCCAAAUUGUUGGACAGCUGGAAAUCUGACCUGACCUAAAUUAUACUGAUAAACUGGACAUAUAAAAGCCUUUCUUCCCUCCCCGUUACCCCCAAGCAUUUUUUUGUUUUCUUUGAAAUGAAACAGUCAUUGCAUGAAUGAAAACAAAGUAUAGUCUGUUUUAUGUUUGUUGUGAUUUCGAAGAACCUAUUUUAUUUCCAUAUAAAAAAAAAUGUAUUGUUUAAAUACUUUUACUAACGAUCUUGUUUUCUGAUUUUGUCUCUUUUGGUUUUUCCACAACUGAUAUUGUUAUUUAGAAGGUUUCAGGUGGGUGACACUAUUCCUGCGUAGGUGCCUGGCGGAAAGGAACACUAGGGCAGCCUCAGUCCUCCUCUUCUUCCAGCCAGCUGCGGCCACCACUCUGACAAAGUCCAAAAAUAUGGUAACGGGUUUGUAACUGACAACAAACGAAAAAACCACCUCACUUCAUGCUCCUCUGUCUUGUGGCUUCCUUUGAAGAGCAAAAGAAAAACGUAGCAAAACAAAUUACAGUAAGCAUUUCUUACAAUAUGCUAUACUAAUUACCCAGCUCUGUAUUACUUAAAAAGAAACUAGGCUCUGGAAGCAAUAAUCGUGAAAAACAAGUAAGAACCCUCUAACUCUUACAUGUUGUUUAUUUUUCCUAUUUUGUUUUGUUUUUUCCUUCUUUAUUUGGAGUUGCAGCGUUCUGAUGAUGACGCAGAUAAUGCGCUGUGAGUCUGCAGUAGCGCAGGGGCCGCGCAGCGAUAUCCUCCAAGCUACCAAAAAGGCGGAAAGCGCAAGCCCACGAUCCAAAACCCCUUACUCCCUUUGGCCUGUUGGUUGCGGACCUCUCCCCACUCCAAACCAGCCUCGCUCCCAAAUGCCCCUAAAUCUCAGACGUUAUUGGCUUUUAAAAAAGUAUCUUUUUUACUAAUUCAAUCUCAAAGGACUUCAAAUUGCUCCCCAGCUUACAGUUCAGCCACUGGUUGACCCCUCAAUCUCCCCCCCUGAAAUUCUGAGAUGCUCUGUGGGUGCUGAGUGUGUGCCAGUCUGGUCAGGUGUUCUGCAAGGGGUUGUUGGUCUGUAGCUGGUCAUCAGCUAGCGCAGCGAAAUGACCUUUGCCACGAGCAAGGUCACGCAAAUGGCUUUAUGGUGCAUUGUGGUGGCGGUGGCAAUAGACACACACACCACGCGUUCGCGUUUGUUGCGCUCGCAUUACAGGAACCAUCACUUGCACGAACUGUCCAGCAUCCCAGGUUGUGAGAUAUGCCCACAUUGAUAUUUAUUACUAUGGGUUAUAAUCAGCCUUGAUUGUAUUAAGGGGACGGCAGAAUGAUGUGGGGGCCACUACACUUGCUGAGAAUGUGGCCAUAACUGAAGUAUGCGGGCAUACGUGUGGGUGUUGGUUGGAUCCGCGCAGCGUAGGAAAAAGCAAUGCAGCUUAGCGCGGCAGAGUUCAGCGCAAGCGAGCCCAUGCUGUAGACUCACUUUUUGCCAUGAUGGAGAAUGGUCACUAAUUUUGCUUUCUCUGCCCUUUUUGUUUUUUCUUACUUUUAUUCUCAAUCUUCUAUUUGUUUUUAUUUUACAAUCCCUUGUCCUCCCUUCUACACACUAUACCUCUCCCGUUCUACCUCUUCUCCUCCUGUCCUAUGGUUUUCAUUAUUCCAAUGAAGGCAUGUUACCUGAAAGCCAUUGAGACUCAGCCCAACUUUGCAGUGGCUUGGAGCAACCUGGGCUGCGUGUUCAAUGCCCAAGGAGAGAUAUGGCUGGCCAUACAUCAUUUUGAAAAGGCAGUGACUCUCGACCCAAAUUUCCUUGAUGCAUACAUCAAUUUAGGAAAUGUUUUGAAGGAAGCCCGCAUCUUUGACAGAGCUGUCGCUGGCUACCUGAGAGCCCUGAGUCUUAGCCCCAACCAUGCGGUAGUGCAUGGUAACCUGGCCUGUGUCUACUACGAGCAAGGCCUCAUUGACCUGGCUAUUGACACCUACCGUCGUGCUAUUGAACUUCAGCCCCACUUCCCCGAUGCCUACUGCAAUUUGGCAAAUGCCCUGAAGGAGAAAGGCAAUGUGUCUGAAGCAGAAGAGUGCUACAACACAGCCUUGCGUUUGUGUCCGACCCAUGCAGACUCUCUUAACAACUUGGCUAAUAUUAAGCGUGAGCAGGGCAACAUUGAGGAUGCAGUUCAGCUCUAUAGAAAAGCACUAGAGGUCUUCCCAGAAUUUGCAGCAGCUCACUCUAACCUUGCCAGUGUCCUGCAGCAGCAAGGGAAACUCCAGGAGGCCCUCAUGCACUACAAGGAGGCUAUCAGGAUCAGCCCCACAUUUGCUGAUGCCUACUCAAACAUGGGCAACACACUGAAGGAGAUGCAGGAUGUACAGGGAGCGCUGCAAUGCUACACCCGUGCCAUCCAGAUCAACCCAGCCUUUGCUGAUGCUCACAGCAACUUGGCCUCUAUUCACAAGGAUUCUGGAAACAUCCCAGAGGCCAUUGCAUCUUACCGCACAGCACUGAAACUGAAGCCCGACUUCCCUGAUGCAUACUGCAACUUGGCACAUUGCCUGCAGAUUGUAUGUGACUGGACAGACUACGAUGAGCGUAUGAAGAAGCUCGUUAGCAUCGUGGCUGACCAGUUGGAUAAGAACCGUCUGCCGUCAGUGCACCCGCACCACAGCAUGCUGUAUCCACUGUCUCACGGCUUCCGCAAGGCCAUCGCUGAACGCCACGGAAACCUUUGCCUGGACAAGGUACACGCACUGAUCAAAAUCAACGCUCUGCACAAACCCUCUUUCGAGCAUCCGAAGGAUCUGAAGGCCAGCGGCGGGCGUCUGCGAGUGGGCUACGUCAGCUCUGACUUUGGCAACCACCCCACUUCCCAUCUGAUGCAGUCCAUCCCUGGCAUGCACAACCCUGAGAAAUUUGAGGUGUUCUGCUAUGGGCUCAGCCCUGAUGAUAGCACCAACUUCCGUGUGAAAGUGGUAGCAGAGGCUCAUCAUUUCACAGACCUCUCACAGAUCCCUUGCAAUGGAAAGGCAGCUGAUCGAAUUCACCAGGAUGGAGUCCACAUUCUGGUCAACAUGAACGGGUACACCAAAGGAGCCCGAAAUGAGCUGUUUGCCCUCCGCCCUGCCCCUGUUCAGACUAUGUGGCUGGGUUAUCCGGGAACCAGUGGAGCACCCUUCAUGGACUACAUCAUCUCUGACAAGGAGACGUCCCCCUUGGAGGUGGCUGAGCAGUAUUCUGAGAAACUGGCCUACAUGCCACAUACCUUCUUCAUCGGGGACCACGCCAACAUGUUCCCUCACCUCAAGAAAAAGGCUGUGAUUGAUUUUAAAUCUAACGGACACAUCUUUGACAACCGCAUUGUUCUUAAUGGUAUUGAUCUGAAGGCCUACUUGGACAGCCUGCCAGAUGUGAAGGUGAUAAAGAUGAAGUGUGACAACAACCAGGAAGCUUCUGGAGAGACAAAUGGACAACUGUCCAUGCCUGUCAUCCCCAUGAACACAGCAGCUGAAGCAAUCAUCAACAUGAUCAACCAAGGCCAAAUCCAGGUCACAAUCAAUGGAUUCACUGUCAGCAACGGCCUUGCCACCACACAGAUCAACAACAAAGCUGCCACUGGGGAGGAGGUGCCGCGCACAAUCGUUGUGACAACCCGCUCACAGUAUGGUCUCCCAGAGGACUCCAUCGUCUACUGCAACUUCAACCAGCUCUACAAGAUUGAUCCCCCUACUCUCCAGAUGUGGGCUAACAUCUUGAAGCGUGUGAGCAACAGUGUGCUGUGGCUUCUUCGCUUCCCUGCUGUCGGCGAGCCCAACAUCCAGCAGUACGCCCAGAACAUGGGUCUGCCUGCCUCCCGCAUCAUCUUCUCUCCUGUGGCCCCCAAAGAGGAACAUGUGAGAAGGGGCCAGCUGGCUGAUGUGUGCCUGGACACUCCUCUGUGCAACGGGCACACCACAGGCAUGGAUGUUCUCUGGGCUGGAACACCCAUGGUCACCAUGCCAGGCGAGACCCUUGCCUCCCGUGUGGCUGCCUCACAACUCAGUUGCCUGGGCUGCCCUGAGCUUAUAGCCCAUAGUCGCCAGGAGUAUGAGGACAUAGCGGUGAAACUGGGCUCUGACAUGGAAUACCUGAAGAUGGUCAGAGCACGUGUUUGGAAGCAGCGAAUCUGCAGCCCUCUUUUCAACACCAAGCAGUACACAAUGGACCUGGAGAAGCUUUAUCUGCAGAUGUGGGAGCACUAUAGCAAUGGCAAAAAGCCAGAACCCCUGGUCAAAAUCCAUUCAGUAGAGACCAGUGAUAAUGCCUAAACUGGGAGCAUGCUGAAUUCUUUUUCCUUGUACCCUUACCAUGUCCAGCCCUCCAUGUUUUUUUUUUUAACCAUUGUCUGCACCCUUGUUUGGAAUGGUCAGUCUCCACUCCUGCCCACUCCUUCAAUGAUUGCUGUCAUUCACUUUUAACGGGACUCUUCUUUGUAAAGGAGCCCACAGAUGUACACAUUUCUUUUCCCAUCACAUCCGUUGUUUCAUCACACAUCUGCAUUUCCUGAGCCAGAUGCAGCCUGAGAUUUUUAGGCACCUCUUCUGAGACUCCUGUCCUAAAACACAGUAUAUUUGAUGAGCAUGAGAGGAUUGUGAAUGCCCUGCUACCCCUUCAGUCCUUGGAUCAGUGGAUUUGUUUUCUCCUGUCGGUGUGAGUACAGGACUAACUGCAGCUUGUGGAGAGAAUGCCCAGCCGUCAUUACUUGUUGAUCUAUUUAUAAAUGGAUUAAGAGUGUUGUGUGUUUUUUAAAAGAAUAAUGUUGCCCCAUGGAAAUUGUAACUCUGACUUAAGUUUCAUCAGCUUUAACAUGCAAUUAUAAAACUUGGAUUGCAACUGCUCUUUAGUUCGUCUAAAGUUGUCAUUAAAUUACUGCAUUGAAUAGAUGUGCUAGUUUUGAGGAAUAUGGUCCAAACAAUGACUUUAUCCCCACACAAAAGGCCAACUUUUAUUCAUUUUGUCAAUCAAGGAAUAUGUUCAUUGGCUGUUCUGUUUGAUGUCACAAUAUGUUUAAGAUGAUUGAACAAAGAUGGUCAAAGGAGUUUCAACUCAUUGGAAAGAAACCUAAAUGUCAGUUUAGAUGUCAGAGUUGUUCAAAAUUGAUAUUUUUUUUUAACUCAAACCAGGAACGGCAUAGGUAAGUAUUUUCUAAGCGGUUUUUGUUUUUGUAUUGUCCGUUACUGUAUGCUGUCAAUGAUGCCGCAAGGUUCUAAAUAUAAUAUGAAAAAUAAAGAGAUGGCGAAACUG